CGUCUUAUCACGAUUUUCAGGAUCCUCUGCGGCUGCCGGCUGCCUGCCCAUCAUGUCAAAGAGCAGUGCCUUUGAGUGUCUCAGACCAUUAUGUGUGGUGUUGAUGAAGGAGCAGACCUUGGAGAGCAUCCAGGCUGUAGCGAGGAGCAUCCAGGAUCUAGAUACAGAGAGUCUUCAGGCAUUGCAACAAUAUGUCCUCUUCCCUCUUAGGAUCCUCCUUAAAAACCAAUCAAAACUUUCAACUGGAGUGUGUGAAGCUGGUGUACUGUGCAUGCAAAGCAUACUGGAGAAGACAACUCUCGUCAACUGGGAAAUGUUCUCUGAUAUCUUCACAGCUCUGUGUGUUACAAUCAGCUCCAAACAGUCCAAUGGGCAAGCAUCUGACGGAUCUGAAGAGUUGAAGCUAGCGGUAGUGAAGGCAUUGACAGCUAUGCUGAAAUCUGCUGACCCAGCGAUUAUUUUACAGCUGAUGUCUCCCCAGUCUUUGCCCAUGCUAGGGCAUUGUAUCUCUCUACUUCUGAAUCUGUCUGAGGCUGAGAAAAUGAAAGAACUUCAAGUCGCUGCCCUGAAAUGUCUUACCAGCUUUGUGCCAGACGAUGAUGCGUCGCUGGUAUACGGAGAAGCUUCUAAAUGUUUUGCAUCAUUCCUACCUGGCCUCUCAGUGACGAUCAGCAGAGUCAUCUUGGCCAACCCAAAACAAGGACAGAAUGUGACAAUGAAUGCAAUUGAAUGCUGGUCCAAACACAUCUCCAUGGUGAUGGAUGACAGACUCCUCCCUCUAGACAAAACUAAAAAAUCUGAGGAUGUGACAAAGAGACAGCUUCUCCAAGAUGGUGAGGAGUCGCUCCUAGUUUCCAAGACGGAGACCUGGCUCACUGGAACCGCAUCCAAACUGGACAUUCUCAUCGCUAAGAUUGUUACCAUGGUAACCAGUAGAAGCUGGAGAGUGAGGCUUGCUUUGGUUAGGUUUGCAGAAACUCUCAUCCUCAGAACAAAGAGCUCCAUGUCCUGCAGCAUGGGCAAGGUGUUGGAGGUCUUGGUCAGUCUGGCCCAGGACAGGUAUGACCAGGUGUCCAGCCCUAGUCAAGCCAUCCUGAGGUCAAUGGCUAAAGAGUCCUUGACCGUAGAGAGUAGAAUGCUGAGUGAGCUAUUGGAGGAUAAUCUUCAUAAACUUGUCACUGUACUACCAAGGAUCAUCAGAACAGCAGAUGAUGAGGAGAAAUUGUCCACUGUAACUGCUAUGGUUGGAUACGUCAAGCUGCUCGGUCACAGACUGAAUUCACUUCUCAAUUCAGCCCCUCACUUGAAGAGAUUAUCCAUAGCUUUACUACAAGCUCUAGAGCUCAGCAUAAGGGAUACAGGAAUCUUAGAAACUACACCAGCACCUCAAGCAGACCUGAGUGGUGGUGAGGUCAGAAGAGGUCAUUCAAGAGACUUCAAACAUUUCUCAGACCACAAGAUCUAUGAAGGGAUCUUUCAACUGUGCCAACUGCUAGGGCAAUAUGGGAACGUUUCGCUCCUGAUUGAUAACUUCUUGUCCUAUUUCCACGAGUCUCCAUCCUACGUGAAACAAGCCACCAUGAUCAUGAAUGAGAUCAUGCAAGGAACACUCCUCGUUGCUAAUGACGAUCAACUCUCUAUCUGGCAAGAGAAGGAGACGGAGGAAGAGGAGAAAAUAGAGGAUGCACUGAAGAUAGAAGAUGCAGAAGAAUUGAAAUCUAUAGUCAGUAUGUUGCUUGAUGAGUACCUGUCACCUUCAUGCUGGGAUGUUCCUACUACCCAAUCAUCAUCUCCUCCAUCUACUGCUCCGUUAUCAUCAUCAGCUUCAUCAUCAUCAUUGUCAUGGCAACCGUCUGCUCCUCCUACCCACCUGAUACUGAGGAAUGCAUCAUCAUCAUCAUCAUCAUCUAGAGAUGCGUUGACUGUAUCACAGAUGAAUCAUAAUACCCUUCUGAAAUGUAUUCUCUUGGAUGGGAUUGCAGUCUUUGCUCAGGUUUUAGGAGCUCAGUUUAAUCAACUAUUGAUGCAUUGUCUCUACUUAGUACUUGAAAGGAUGGCGGAUGAAAGGACAUUGGUUUGCCAGCAUGCCCAUGCAACCCUAGCCAUCAUUUCCCAGGCCUGUGGAUACAGAUCAAUCAGUGAACUCCUGCUGAUGAAUGUAGACUACUUGUCUGACUCUGUCUCAGCUCGUCUAAGGCAUUACGAAUGGAACCUCAAGGCACCAUUGGUUCUCAAGGUCACCUUACAACACAGCACAUGCGACAUACUGCCUUUGCUUCAGGAUACCAUUGAAGAGGUCUUUCAUCUCAUGGACGAUCACCACGGCGACCAUGCCACAUCGUUGAUGAGUGUUCUUCAGUCUCUGGUGUUAGCUAUCAAUAGAUGGUUUCCUCCUUCCAGAGAGGAGGAAGUAUGUACAGAGGUACUGAGCUGUGAAUCAGAUCAAGUCAGUUCCAUCGUUGCAUUCUGCAAUGAUUACAUUCAGACUUUGAAUAAAGCUGAUGAAGAUCUGAAGAACUUGGAUGUGGAGAUGGAUCCAGAGAACACAGAUGAGGUUGAAGAUGAGGAGAAAUGGAUGGAUGAAGUAGAUAAACCCAAGGAACUCCCUCUUCACAUUAAAAAUGUCAAACAGGUGUUGGAGCACUGUGUAAAUCUCAUGUCUUCAUCCAACCCUCGUCUGAGACUUCAGGUUCUUAGCACUGUCCAGUCGGCUGUAGAGGCACUUCAUCAAAACCAAGAUGUGUUAUUGCCUCUUGUACACAAACUAUGGCCAGCCUUUGUAUUAAGGUUUGCUGAUCAGGAGAUUCUAGUCACAUGUAAGGCUUUUGAAACUCUUCUCACUUUAGCGGAAACAUCAAGGGAUUUUAUACGAAGAAGAGUUGUGAAAGAUGUCUGGCCCAAACUCACCUCCUUCGUACAAACUCAUGCUGCAAUGAGUGAGAAGGCUGGUUCGAGCUAUCACCAUACAGCUUACUACAAAUUACAGCAUUCCAUCCUAGCUGGAAUAGGUCAGCUAUGUUUACAGGUUGACAUCUGUGAAGCAGACCUGCUAGUGAUGGUUCAGGCUUGCAUUCCCUACCUUAAUGCCUGUCAACCAGUAGGACUACAAGAGGCUUGUAUAUCAGCGUUUGAGGGUUUUAUCGCAGCUGAGCCUGAUGCUGUAUGGUUCAGUCUACUUGAUAUAAGCAGCUCUUCAUCAUUACAACCACCUCAUCCAUGUUUUCCAUCUAUAAAGUUUGCUGGUGACUCAUCAAAGCAGAACACACAACAGUGGAGCAAUAUUGAGAAACUCCUGAGAUGACGGCAGUCAAUAUAAUUAUGUCACAAGCACUCCUACCUUUCAAGAAAUUAACCUUGAUCUUAUAAAGGCCUACAUAUGUAGAACACAUGGUUUGUAGUUUGAGUCCCGCUGCAGCACUAAAGUUCUUUGCCAAGACAUGAAUCAACAUUUGCCACUCUCAACCUAGGUGGAGUAAAGGGGUACCCUAUAGGCAGAAAUUCCUUGAAUGCUUUAGCACCUCAUUAUUAAAAGGCAGCUCAGUUACAGCUAGGGUAAUUAUAUACUUUCUAUUAAGUGUAGUAGAGUUUUUACCUACACUGUAAAAAGACCUAAUAUUAUUAUUACAAGUUUUUGAGGUUGAUUUUAUACAUUCUGGCCACACAGGAUUAUUUUUUCAGGCGAUUAGUACAAUUCAAGUUUUUAGGUUAACAGCACCUAAUGUAAUUGAAGUUCUAAUUACCAAGA